AUUAAGCGAGUAAGUGGGAUUAGUUGUCGUCUUGACGAAGGCUCUCACUCUAAUCAUAAAAAUUCUAAUAAUUCGAUCGUCUCUGUUUCAUAUCAAUUCGAUGCGAUCGUUCCUCUCGUAAUUAUAAUUCAAGCUCGAGAGAAAAUGCAUGAUUUCUGCUUCACCAUCCCGUACGGGAUGCUUCUAAUCGGCGGUGGAUUUAUCGGGUACAUGAAGAAAGGGAGUAUUACAUCUUUCGCCGGAGGUGCAGGCACUGGCUUAUUACUCAUCCUCGCUGGAUUUCUCAGUCUCAAGGCUUUCGAGAAGAAGAAGAAUUCUUCUAUCGCUGUCGUUCUUCAGACAGUCAUCUCAGCUGCUCUCACACUAGUCAUGGGACAGCGUUACUUGCUAACUCAAAAGGUUAUGCCGGCUGGUUUGGUUGCUGGGAUCAGUGCUCUCAUGACCUGUUUUUACGUUUACAAGAUCGCAACUGGUGGCAAUAAGAUCCCAUCAAAAGCUGAAUGAUAGUUAUGCAACUCUGGGUUUUCGUGGAUGCAGAUGAGACUCUCUGUUAUUGAAUUUGUCGAUAGGAAAUGUCUUGUGUGUUUCUGAGAUUAGCUUGUAUUAGUUGAAGAACUGCAUAUUGUCUUGUUUGUUUCUGAGUCUCUGAGAUUUGUUUGUUGUCAUCAUGUUUCUGUUAACCACAGACUUUUUUGGAGCCAUAUUAUAUAUGAAAAAUUUGACGUUUUGA